AUCUUCUUACACACCAACAUGAAAAGAUAAAUCUUGUCAUCUCUUCCUGUACUUCAGUUUUCCACCUUAGAGACAUGACUUUAGUAGAUCUUGUAAGAUUGAUUACUGAUACAGCAUGUGAAGAGGGUUCACUAUGUUUAUCUCUGGUUGUACUAUUAGUUACUGUGGUUGUGGUUUCUUGGUAUCUUUGGAUGCCAAGGAUAUUGAAUAAAGGAAAGCCACCAUUGCCUCCGGGACCUCGAGGCUUACCAUUUGUUGGGAUCCUUCCAUUUCUUGAAGCAGGAGGAAUCCACCGAUAUUUUGCGAAAUUGGCUGAAACCUACGGUCCUAUCAUGAAACUUCAAUUGGGUUCUAAGCUAUGUGUGGUAUUGAGCUCAUCCUCCACAGCCAAAGAAGUCCUUAAAGAUCAUGAUGCAAUAUUUGCAAAUCGGGAUCCAAACGUCGCGGCGAUGACCGUAUCAUAUGGCGGCAGUGACAUUACAUGGAGCCCAAACGGUGCGAAUUGGCGAAUGAUGCGUAAGAUAUUCACUCAAGAAUUGAUGAGUAGCAAGAGUCUUGAUGCUUGUUAUAGACUCAGGCAACAAGAGGUUAGGAAAAUGGUGAGAGAGGUCUAUUCUAAGACUGGUGAAAUGAUUAACAUCAGUGAAAUGAUUUUUAGAACAAUGUUUAAUUUGGUAUUGAACAUGUUAUGUGGUGGUAUGCUAUGUGAGGAAGAUAAGGUUGCUAUAUCAGCUGAGCUAAGACCAGUGAUAAAGCAAAUGAUUGCACUUGUGGCUAAACCUAAUAUUUCUGAUGUGUUUCCUGUUCUUGCUCAAUUUGAUGCACAAGGGAUUAGAAGUGAAGGUAAGAAGCUAUCUUCUGAGAUGGAUCGUAUCUUUAAUUCAAUUCUAGAAAGGAGGCUUCACAUGGAUGAUGAGAUGAAAGGGAAGGGCUCAAAGGAUAACGAUGAAAGCAAAGAUUUUCUGCAGAUCCUUUUACAGCUUAAGCAAGAAGGAGAUUCUAGAUCUUUGACCAUAGCACAGCUCAAGAAUUUAUUUCUGGACGCAAUUGCGGGUGCAACAGAUUCGACAUCCAUUAAUGUAGAGUGGGCAAUGGCAGAAUUGAUGCUAAACCCUGAGAAGUUGAAGAAAGCUAAAGAAGAAUUGGAUCAAGUGGUGGGUAUGAACAACAUAGUUGAAGAGUAUCACUUGUCCAAAUUGCCAUAUUUGGAUGUAGUUUUAAAAGAAGCACAUAGGUUGCAUCCAGUGGUCCCACUUUUGGUUCCACAUCGCUCAAGUGAAUCCUGUACUGUUGGUGGAUAUACUGUCCCAAAGGGUGCUACUGUCUUCAUAAAUGUGUGGAAAAUGCACAGGGACCCUGAUGAAUGGGAGAGUCCCUUAGAGUUCAUCCCUGAGAGGUUCUUGGCUGAUUCUGAUAAGUAUGAUUAUAGGGGAAACAAUUUUAAUUUUCUUCCCUUUGGAUCUGGGAGGAGAAUUUGUGUUGGGAUUCCAUUAGCAACAAAGAUGGGUUUGUAUGUGAUGACUUCACUUCUGCAUUCAUUUGAUUGGGAAUUGCUGAAGAAGGAACAACUUGAUCUAUUGGACAAAUAUAGAAUUCUCUCAAAGAUAGCAACACCACUUGAAAUUACUCCAACUCCAAGAUUACCAAAUCAAGAACUCUACCUUUGAUAAGAAGGAUUUCAUGUUAGAUAUAGUUUAUAAAAUAAAUAUUCUCACAGUUGGGAGGAUUUCAUUAUUUCUCUCUCCAAGUGUGCUAUUAGAUUUGAUUAGGUUUUUGCUUGUAUUGGUUUAUUCCUGCCUAGGUCUAUAGAAACUUGUACUAGUGUGUGGUUUUAUUUUGUUCCUUCCUUGGUAUGAAUUUGCAGAUCAUGUAAGAAGUUUUAGUUAUUAUCAUCUCUGUUUUAUUAAUAAAAUUACUUUUCAAUGUGAUUGAAGCA